AUGUUUUUCGUCACAAAAACACGAUUCGAAAUAAGAGCUCACUUCUCAAGUGCGCUCUUAUUUUUCGAGCCAACAUUUUCGACGCCACAUCACAUUACGAACAAAGUAUCGGCGAGCACGAGCACCCGUUUGAUAGAGGUGGGCGUGGUGGACGGGACCAAGCGGAAGCACAACAAGAUACGCACCUCCAAGUAUACACUACUCACGUUCCUGCCCAAGAACCUUUCGGAGCAAUUGAGGAGGAUCGUUAAUUUCUACUUCCUGAUCGUGACAGUUAUCUCUGUUGUCAUUGAUAGUCCAGUGUCGCCCUUUACGAGUAUAGCACCUCUGACCUUUAUGGUUUUCGUGACAGCCGUGAAGCAAGGGUACGAGGAUUGGCUGCGGCAUAGAGCGGACAAUAAAGUCAAUAAUCAAAUAGUGGAAAUCGUCCACAAAGGGGUGAUGAAGGAGGUUCGAAACUCCUCUAUCGCACCCGGCACUCUGGUGAGAGUGAAGCGAGGUCGGGAGGUACCAGCGGACUUGGUGCUGUUGUGUUCCUCUGGGGAGAAGGGCAAGUGCUAUGUGACCACGGCUAACUUGGAUGGGGAGACUAACUUGAAAACUCUGAGGGUCCCUGGACCUUUGGUCGGGUUUACAGCAGACGUAAUUCCACAAGGCAUUCGCAUUGAAGUGCCAACUCCAGUAGCUGAUCUAUAUACGUUCUAUGGACGCAUAGAAAUACCUGGACAGGACAGCAUGCUCCUAAACACCGAUAAUAUCAUGCUGAGAGGCUCUCGGGUGAAGAACACUGAAUGGGCUAUUGGAUGCGCUGUGUAUACUGGAGAAGAAACAAAACUAGCGCUCAAUUCCAAAUACGCGAGCAACAAAUUCUCAUCCAGCGAACUGGCAGUGAACUCCUUCAUAGUUCUGCUCAUAUACAUUCUUAUAUUCGAAAUGACCGGGUCUUUAGUGGCCAAGAUAUUACUGGAAAAGUGGAAUCCGGAGAGGCUCGCGUAUUUCGGCUUUGAAACGAGUUUUCCACUCAGUUGGAGUGGAGUUUUACAGGACUUGUUCUCGUUCCUGUUAUUGUAUUACUACAUUAUACCAAUGUCGUUGUACGUGACGAUUGAAUUGUAUAAGUUCAUUGGCGCCCUAUUCAUAGGUUGGGACGAAGAUCUGCGCUGCGAAGAAACAGGCAGACCAGCUGUUGCCAACACAUCCGACCUUAACGAGGAGUUGGGACAGGUGGAAGUUCUCUUCUCCGAUAAGACUGGUACUCUUACCAAGAACUUGAUGGCGUUCAAAGCGUGCUCGAUCAGGGGAAGGAUGUAUGAGGAGAAGGAGGGAAGGCUGUAUGAUACGGGGAGGUUGGAGGAGCCGGUGGAUACACUUCAGACAGACAUUAAAUUUUUCUUCACAAUCAUCGCUCUGUGCCAUUCCGUGCAAGUAUCGAACGAGGACAUAAAGAAACUGAGCGCCCGACUCUCAGGGACCGGAAAUAUGCAACUAAUGAAUUUCUUUCGACGCAAGAAAAUAACGAAGACACACGGCAAUAGAACAGUCAUCGACAGCGUGACUUGGAACGCAAUUAUAAACGAAAACGGAAGCAAGAUGGAUUACCAAGGCAGCAGUCCUGACGAGAAGGCGCUCGUCGAAGCGGCUGAUCGAUUCAGGGUGACCUUCCUCGGUGAGGAGGGGAACAAUUUGGUGCUGAAGGUCGGAGAGGACACGGAAAUGUAUGAGAGAUUGCAUUCCAUCGAGUUCUCGUCGGAGAGGAAGCGUAUGUCCGUGAUCGUGAGAGAUAAGGGAGGGAAGAUAUGGCUAUUCUGUAAGGGCGCUGAAACAUCAGUGUUCCCAAUUUGCAAGGAUUCAGUGCUUAUAGAGGAAACGGAUAGGGAUAUAAACGCUUUCGCCAACAAGGGCUUGCGGACGCUGGCCAUUGCGUACCGGGAAAUACCGCGGGAAGAGUAUGAGAAGGUCACCGAAUCGAUAAGGCUCAUGGAGUGCAGCACGACGGCCGGGCUGCAGCAGGUGAGCCAGCAGUACAGGGUGCUGGAGCAGCAGCUCACACUGCUCGGCGCCACCGCGGUGGAGGACUGCCUGCAGGACGACGUGGCGGACACCCUGGCGGCCCUGAGGCGGGCCGGGAUCAGGAUAUGGGUGCUCACUGGGGAUAAGGUGGAAACAGCCAUAAACGUGUCGCAAUCCUGCGCGCACAUAUCCGAGAACGACCGGCGCAUGUUCCUCGUGGGCAUCCAGGACGAGGAAGCUCUCAAGGACAGUUUGGCGCUCUGCCACCGGAUGGUCUCGGAGCCUGGGUACAGGGAUCUGACGCUGGUGGUCGACGGCACCAGCAUGGCCGCGGUGCUGGACACUCCGCUUGCGCAGGAGUUCGUGGACAUCUCGCUCAAGUGUACUGCAGUGCUGUGCUGCAGACUUUCCCCGAUACAGAAGGCCAAGAUAGUGAAAUUGAUAAAGAAUAGCUCAGAGCACCCGAUCACCGCGGCCAUCGGCGAUGGAGCUAACGACAUAUCCAUGAUACAGGAAGCUCAUGUCGGCUUCGGCAUCUUCGGCAAAGAGGGGCAUCAGGCUGCUAGAUCAGCUGAUUUCGCGUUCACAAAGUUCUCGAAAGUGAAGAAGAUGCUCCUAGUGCUGGGACACUGGUACUACCAGCGGCUCGCCACACUCAUACAUUACUUCUUCUAUAAGAAUUUAAUUCUAGGGAAUAUUAUGCUAUUCUUCCAAAUCCAAUCAGCGUUUUCAACCCAAUCGGUGUACGACAGCAUGUACCUCACGUUCUACAACCUCGUGUUCACGUCAGUCCCCUGCCUCGUGCUGUCCGUCACCGAGCAGCGCUGGCCGAAGGAUCUGCUGCUUAACAACCCCAUGCUGUACAGGAACAUAAGCAGGAACCGGCUGCUCUCGUGGGCGCAGUUCGGCGCGUGGGUGCUGUCCGCGCUGUACCACUCGCUGCUCAUCUACGGCUUCGCGCAGUGGUACCUGGCGCCCGACGUCGUCACCGCGGACGGGAAGACCGCGGAUCUAUGGAGCCUGGGCGCGGUGCUGUUCCACAUGUCGAUGGUGGUGGUGACGCUGAAGCUGUGCCUGCACACGCGCCGCGUGACGCUCGUGCUCGCGCUCUCCGCCGCGCUCUCGCUGGCCGCCUACAUUGCCUUCAACGCGCUCUACUCGCUGCUCUACCUGCAGAUCGACGGCGACGUGCUCGGCACGUACACCCGCCUGCUGGCGGCGCCGUCCUUCUGGCUGUUCAACCUGCUGGCCACAGCCGCCACGCUCGCGCCCGACUUCUGCCUUCGGAUCCUGACCGAGAAGUGGGCCCGCAGGAACAUACGCACCGACCUUACCGAAUCCAGCGUGUUCACUACCAGGCUGUGAAUUGUCUAUGGUUCGGUUUGGGGUUGAUGCUGGAAUGUCUAUGGUUUGGUUGAAAGAAAGAAAACAAUAGAGGUCACUUAUGUAGUUACUGUAAGUUAUGGUUGGUGGUGAUAGUGAAAUGUCUAUGGUUUUCAAGUUAUGUUCGGUUUUAUAACUGCUGCUGCUGGGUGUGACCUGCUAGUUAUAAACAAAAAUGUUGCAAAAAAUAAAAAAAAGUUGAAGGAAAAAAGAAAGAAAUCACGUUAUAUGACACAUACGCGAAAAGAAAGAAAACAAUAUAGGCCAUUAUGUAGAUACUAUAUUGUACUUUAUGGUUGGUGGUCAUGGUAAAAUGUCUGUGGUUUUUAAGAAAAAUUCGCUAAUAGAUUAGUUGUGUUCCGUUUAUAACUGCUGGGUGUAUGCUGCUUACUUGCUACUUAGCAGGCCUAUAAAAUAAAAUAAUUCAUAACAUUGUAUAAACAAAACAUAUUGAAAAGAUAAAAAGAGUAUUGCCAUAUAAUAUGUCAAGUAAACACGUAUAAAAUAUUGAUAAAUAUUUUAAGUGGUAACGUGAUUUAUGUGAAAGCGUAUGCUUUUAUUACAUUUUAAAGAAGGUUUGUAUACACAUAUUAUAUGCAGUAUAUUUAUAUUUAUUAUUUAUUUAGGAUAAAAUUUAAUAACAACUUGUCACAUACAUAAAUACUUAUUUUACUAUCAAUUAGAUAAGGUCUCGAAAUGGUGUAAUAACCAUAAUAGAUAUGAUACCAUAAAGUAUAUCUUUAUGGUUAACUAUUUUUGAUAUUGGAUUUUAAAAAAGAUUGCCAAGUGUUAAAGAGGUUUUAUAUAUGGUUUUCAGCUCUCAUCUAUAAUAAGUAUUAUAAAACAUUGUAUGUAAUAGUUUAAUCUUAAGCUAGUGUUCUAUUUAAUAACUUUUUUGUUUCCAAAACGACUUUCUCGAUUUG